AUGGACGUCUUCUCUACUGCCUGCAAGAAUUUCGGUCUGGUCGUCAACACGCAGAAGACGGUGGUGAUGCAUCAACCGCCACCCAACUCAGCCACAGCCCCCAACGCGCCGCCGCAAAUCAGCGUGAACGGAACCCAACUGCAAGUGGUGGAGAACUUCCCGUACCUGGGCAGUACUGUCUCCCGCAACACCAAGAUCGAUGACGAAGUCGCUCGCAGGAUCUCGAAAGCCAGUCAAGCCUUCGGUCGCCUCCAAAGCGCAGUUUGGAACCGCCACGAACCGAGCACGAAGCUAAAGAUGUAAAAGGCCAUCAUCCUGCCGACGCUACUGUAUGGAGAGGAGACCUGGACGGUGUACACAAAGCAGGCACGUCGACUGAACCAUUUCCACCUCAGUUGUCUCCGUCGCAUCCUGAGGCUGAACUGGCAGGAUCGAAUCCCCAACACUGAUGUGCUGGAACGGACGGGAAUCGUCAGCAUCUACACCAUGCUGAGACAAAUGCAGUUGCGCUGAAGCGGCCACCUGGUGCGCAUGGACGACGAGCGACUACCCAAACGACUCUUCUACGGAGACGUCGCGACGGGUUGUCGCCGCCAAGGAGGCCAAAUUCGUCGAGAAGAGGAUACUCUGAAGUCCUCCCUGAAGCAUCCGCAAAUUAACCCGACCAACUGGGAAGAGCUCGCCCUCGAGCGACCGAUCUGGAGGAGGAAAGUGAUGACAGGCGCUGCGAUCUAUGAGGCCAAUUGAAUCGCCGCUGCCAAAUUGAGACGCGAAGCACGCAAGUCACAGCUACGCCCCGUCCGCAACGCCAACGCACCACCGCUUCCAAAGUGUCCUCGGUGUCAACGGGCAUUUCCGGCACGAAUUGGACUCAUUGGACAUCUUCGGACCAACUUUGCCUCUCGGACUCCACCAACCAUCGACCCCUCGCCCGGCUCUUCCUUGUCCUUUCGGUCGCGAACUAUCUCUGACAAUUCUUCUGAACCACCACCCUCCUCCUCCUCCUUUUCCUCCUCCUCCUCUUCUGUCACUGCCCCGACGACGACCGCUCAGGCGACCGUCUCGCACAUCAACAUCCCUGACACAACAACCGACACCACCCCCACUGCCUCCGACUCCAGCGAUGAGGAUCAGGACUACACCUGCCCUCACAGCGACCGCACAUUCACCUCACACAGCGGCCUGGUCGGUCACUUGCGAAUCCAUCGCACAGAGGCCGGCCAACCAGUGCCAGGAGCCCCAGCCUACACCCACCGCAACCGCCUCCACUACCCACACUGCCCUCGCACCUUCAAGCAUCGCAUGGGUCUAUUCGGCCACAUGCGCAUCCACGAAAGGGGAAUUGACCACCCUCCCAACUCACCUACCACGCCAAACCCCAUUUCCACCUUAUCACCCUUUGCGCCCAUCACCGUUAUCGCAACUGACACCGACACCACCGACGUCACCUGCCCACACAGUCCACACACAUUCACCUCUCGCAUAGGCCUGGUCGCUCACUUGCAAUUCCAUCGCACAGAGACCGGCCAACCAGUGCCUGGAGCGCCAACCUUUACCCACGAAGCUCGUCUCCACUGUCCACACUGCCCUCGCACUUUCAGGCGUCGCAUGGGCCUAUUCGGCAAAAUGCGCAUCCACGACGACCUGCGACAGACAACCGCCGGUUACACCACACAUCCACACACUCCCUACCUUCCUCCACCACCACUACCUCACGCCACCACACAUCAACUCUCACCAACCGCAUGCACCCAACUGCCACCUCCCACGCAAGUGGGAAGUGUGCAUCUCGACUCGGUACCCAUGCGGCUUCGGCUGCAGGGGUGA